GUAGGUCUGCGGCAUGCCUUCUUUAGGGAAUAACAACAUCUGGGUUUGCGAGAGCGAGGCAGCAGUAGAGGGGUAGAAACUCUUGGAACUGCUCUGCACUUUUCCUGUGUUUGGAGAUCUAACUUUUCCUGCACUCUGUCACACUCCUGUUUCCUUUUCUCCCCGUCUCUCUCUCUCUCUUUCUUCCUGCUGUAUGGCGCUCCUUCGCUUUAAGCCCUAACAGGGGGGUAGUCUUCGACAGUUGUGUCAGCCUUCACGCUGCGGUUCUUCUCCUCUUUCUCUCUCUGUUUUCUUUUGGUAUGACUCACGGUGGUCCCUUUCAGCAAAGGCGUGCCUGCGCUCGGACCCUCAUAUCUUUUCAGAAAGACUAACCUGUCAAGAUUCUUCUGUCGCCAGACUCUUCUACAACCUCUCUGCAGUGAAGGCCAGCUGACGCAGGCUCUGGCAAGACCCAGUAGGAAAUGAGCGUCUGACUCCUUUCUACGGAGGACGUUCUUGGAUUUCUUCACCACCAAGACUAGUGUUUGGAAAAGCAACUGAACAGUCUGAACAGAUGGGGGUGGUGGUCCUCACAUGGAUGCUGGUCACCCUAAGCUACUUGCUAUCUCUGGGCCAGACAGAGAAUGUGCUGAAGGUGAAUUCUGGUCUGCAAGUUUUCAGAGGUCAGAGUGUAUCAGUGACCACACGAGAGCUGCAGUUCGACACAGACGCAACUUCAGAGGCCUGCAAAGUGGAGGUGGUGCUCAAUGAACCCGUGACACAGAGGGUGGGCAAACUCACGCCACAGGUAUUUGACUGCCAUUUCCUCCCUGAUGAGGUAAAAUAUGUCCAUAAUGGCAGUCCUUUACUGGAGGAGGACAUAGUCAUGCUGAGAGUCUACAGGUUCACAGAUAUUGAGACAUUUACUGAGUCAUUCAUGCUGAAAGUGGAGGUGAUGGCACCUGAGAAGAGCCUGGUAGAGUUUGGCAGCGCUGCUCUGGUGGUUCCAGAGUUCUACGGCCUCUCCAACGCCAUCGACAGCAACGUGUUGUCCUUCAGAACUCGGCACAAUGUGAGCUGUGUCGUUCGCCUGCUCAGCUCUGAGAUCAGCAUUCCUAUGCUGGGUCAGGUGGUGACAGAGGACCCUGCCCUCAGAGACCAGGCUUCUGAACCUGCUCCUGGGCCAAGGAAAGGUCGACAAACUGCCAUAUCUUGCCCUGGAAAUAAGGCCUGUGUGCAUAACAGCAGGGAGGUGAACUUCUUGAAGACCAGCUGCAGUGAGUUCCUCACCUCAGGGCUGAAGUACCAACAUCUUAGCCCGCCUUCACCAGAAAUCGAUUACGUGCCAAUCAGAGUGGAGCUCAGGGACCAGAACAGCCGAGCCUUGCUGGAGGCCGAGAGCGUGUGGCUCCCCGUGCUAAUCCAUGGUGCCAUGCCGAACCAGCCACCCCGUGCCGCCUUCAUGUCCACGCUUGUUCUGGAGGUGGACCAGUUCAUCUUGACCCCUGUGACCACAGCUACGCUAGACGCCACAGACGAAGAGAGCCCUCAUACUAGGCUGGCCUUCAACGUGACCAGGCCGCCGGCGGAGGGCUACAUCACCCACCUGGAUGAUCACACCAAGGCCGUGUCCUCGUUCUCCUGGCCAGACCUGAACGAGAUGAGGAUCGCGUACCAGCCGCCCAACAGCAGCCACACCCGCAGAAGGAACUAUGAGUUUGAGUUCCAGGCUCUUGACAGCUUCUUUGCAGCUAGUCCUCCUGUUACGGUUCACAUAUCCAUCCGCACGGCAGAAACAAACAGUCCACGAGUCUCCUGGAAUCUCGGGCUGGAUCUACUGGAGGGUCAGUCCAGACCAAUAACAUGGGAGAACCUACAGAUUGUUGACAAUGAUAACAUAGACGCUGUGACUCUGAUAGCCGUGGACGGUCCUCUGCAUGGACGACUGAGUGUUCGAGGUGGAAGGGGCUUCAUGUUCAAGGUGAAGGACCUCCGUGAUGGCGCGGUGGUUUAUCAUCACUCGGACAGCGACACCUCCAGGGACCACAUCGUGUUCCGGAUCACAGACGGUCGCCACAGCAUUCGUCACAAGUUCCCCAUCUACAUCCUCCCCAAGGACGAUACUCCCCCCUUCCUCAUCAACAACGUGGCCUUUGAGGUGCAGGAGGGCAGCGCCAUGCUGGUGGAGGACUACAUGCUCCUAGCAACUGACCUGGACUCCAGCGAUGAUUACAUUCAGUACCGGCUCGUAAGCCUCCCCCGUGCAGGAGAUCUGGUCAGAAAGACCUCUCCACAAGACCCAGGUGUUCCAGUUGAGUCAUUCCUGCAGAAAGACUUGUUUCAGGGCCUGAUCUACUACAGACACUCAGGAGACGAGAUGUUUGAAGACUUGUUUGAAUUCAUCCUCUCUGACAUCCAUGAACCUCCAAAUCUCUCCCACAAACACACAGUGGUGGUCCACGUGUUCCCAGUAAAGGACCAGCUGCCAGUGGAGGUCUCUGGCACGCUCCGCUCCCUCUCAGUGAAAGAGACGGAGGUUGUUUACAUCACACAGAGUCACCUUCAGUUCCGAGCCCCUGAGCACCCAGACACUGACCUCAUGUACACCGUCUCCCAGCCCUGUUUCAGCCCACUCAAGACUGGGCUACCAGAUGCAGGCAGACUCUUCUACACAGAGAGUGCAAAGUCCAUGAAAAAAGAUGCUAUGGUUCCAGUGCUCAGAUCAUUCACACAGCAUGCAGUGACUCACCACAAGGUCGGCUACAUGCCCCCCAUAGAGGACAUUGGUCCUGAGCCACUCUUUGUGCAGUUUAUCUUUUCUGUAAGUGACCAGCAGGGCGGUGUUCUCGCUGGGAUUGUAUUCAACAUUACAGUCACACCUGUGGAUAAUCAAGCUCCAGAGAUGUUCACUAACCUGCUGAGGGUAGAAGAAGGGCAAGGAGUCUUCCUGGUGGAGGAGCACCUGCUGGUGCGGGACGCAGACAGCCCUGAGGAGAAGCUCAGGGUGCAGGUGCAGACGCAACCCCGCCAUGGGCGCCUGGAGCUCCAGGGGGCGCUGUUACUCCAGGGGGACAGCUUCCUCCUGCAGGACCUGAAAGCACUAAGAGUCAGAUACAUCCAUGACGACUCUGAAACUGUGAGAGACAGUAUAGGUCUCCAGAUCACGGAUGGGAUCAACUCUGCUCAGGGCGAACUCCUUAUCCAAGUCCUCCCUGUGAACGAUGAGCCUCCGCGUCUGGGCUCCGGCCUUCGGACGGGACUGUCCUGUGAGGAAGGAGGCCACGUGCACAUCACCGCUGAGCACCUGUUCGCCACGGAUGCCGACAGCGACGACACGCGGCUCACCUACAUGCUGGCACGGACCCCUGGCCGCGGUGUGCUGCAGAGGAACAGGGUCACCGUGGACAAGUUCUCCCAGUCCGACGUGCUCCAUGGUCUCAUGUCCUACCUGCACACAGGAGGUGAGAUUGGCCCACAUCCCGUGUCAGACAUCAUCACCAUCAUAGUAUCAGAUGGGGAGGGCGGGACAGCAGAUGGCUGCUGCCAGGAAGAAGCCCUCCCUCCGCCUGCCCCUCUACAUGGAACACUUCCUGUCUAUGACCUCAACAUCACUAUACUUCCUGUCAACAAUCAGCCGCCAUCCAUAACAACAGGAAGCAUGGUGGUUGAAGAGGGCUCUAGUGUGUGUCUGUGUCGGGGAGCGCUGGCGGCCACGGACCCUGACACCGAGCCUGAGCAGUUAACCUUCCACCUGGAGACGGAGCCUCAGCACGGCUUUCUGGAGAACACGCUGCCCUCGCCAGGCUUUGAGAAGAGCAACGCUGGAAUCCGAGUGGUUUCUUUCAGCCAGCUUCACCUGAGCUCUGGAUUCAUCAACUAUGUCCAGUCCCUCCACCAGGGUGUGGAGCCCAUCGCUGACCACUUCACUAUUGCUGUCAGUGAUGGGGUCCAUAAAUCGGGGCCUGUGUCCUUCUAUAUCAUAAUCGACCCCACCAACGACGAGGCCCCAUCUCUGCAGCUGCUCAACUUCACGGUCAUAGAGGGAGGAGUGACAGGUCUGAACCCCACUAUCCUCGAUGCAGUGGACCUGGAUGCCCCACCAGACACCUUGAGCAUCGCUGUCCUGGUGCCCCCUGCUCAUGGGACUCUGCUGGACGGCACCUAUGGGCAUGAGAUGAGCCGGUAUAAAGGGACGGGUGUGGAGCUCCAGCAGAGAAGCCUGCCAGUGCAUUCCUUCACCAUACAAGCCCUGCGACAAGGAAUGGAGGUCGUGUAUAUGCAUGAUGACACAGACACCCUUCAGGACACUUUCACCAUUCAGCUGUCAGAUGGUAGUCACUCUGUCCAGGGGACAGCGUGGGUCCACGUCCUACCAGUGAACGAUGAAAAGCCUCGUCUCCUCAAGAACGCGGGAGUGGAGCUGGAUGCUCUUGACAGAAGGGUGAUCUCCAGCAUGGUCAUGGAGGCGGAGGACCGGGACACCCCCAGCAACCAGCUCUAUUACAUCCUCAGCGCAAGCCCCAGGUUCGGCCUUCUGCAACUCAAGACGACGGCCGGGUGGACGGACCUGGGCGCGGGACAGAACUUUACGCAGGAGGACGUGGAGAUGAACCGCCUGUGGUACAAACACACAACGUUCAGUGAGUUCAAAGGCCACGACAGGUUCCAGUUUUACCUCAGCGAUAUGGACAACCAGACACCGUCGCAGAGUUUCUUCAUCUCCGUCCGCGCCGUUCCAAAGGGUCACAUCGCUCUGACCACCCAGUCCGUGACAGUAAUGGAGGGAGACAGGGUGGUGCUGACCACUGACGUCCUGCUGACGAUGGACAGCGGGAGCCUGCCCGAUGAGCUCGUCUACACCGUGACCGACCCGCCCCGGCACGGGCACCUGCACAUGGCCCAGCGCCCGGGCGUCCCCCUGUUCUCCUUCACCCACAUGGACGUGGCAGCCCAUCGGGUGUGCUACACGCACGACAACAGCCACUCUGCUGACCGCGACUCCUUCAGCUUUGAUGUCAGCAACGGCGUGACCUCCAAGGGCGGCUCGCUGGUUUUCACGGUGGAACACGCUGACCGGAUUCCACCCACUCUGAGCAUCAACGCGGGCCUCCAGCUUGUCGAAGGCACCACAAGGACCGUCUCACCCGAGCACCUAAAACUGAGCGAUCCAGACACGGCCGUGGAGAGCCUGACGUACGCCCUGCUUCAGCCACCGCGGUUUGGCAGGCUACUGCUGAAAGGGCUUCCCCUGACGCAGAAGAGCUUCACACAGCUAGAUGUCGACAACAUGCACCUGAGUUACCAGCAUCUGAACAGCCCUGCCAAGAUUGACAGAUUCACCUUUCAGCCCUCUGAUGGAACGAACAAGGGCUACCUGGCCUUCGGACAGCUGCAGGAGAAGGAGACAGUGUUCACAAUACAGAUAGAAGUUUUAGACAAGACCCCACCAAACCUUGUCAACAAAGGAACCCCCAGCACAGUAGAGCAACUACAAGAUUACCUACAGGUCAUCUACAUCACCUCCAAAGAGCUGCAGGCUUCCGACCCAGACAGUCCCAACCAGGAGCUGGAGUUCAUCAUCACACGUCCACCACACUUUGGAUACCUGGAGAACGCCAUCACAGGUGGAUAUGUCAAAGGUCGCUUCACGCAGAAGGACGUGGACCAGCAAGCGCUGCGCUACGUCAUUCCCUCAGACAUGGAGGUCACGGCAGACAGCUUUGAGUUCCAGCUCUCAGACCCAGCAGGGAACACCGUGCUCCCAGAAGUAAUGGAACUCAGGUGGUCUCGUGUGGAGCUGACAGCUUCCUGCUACCGCGUUUGCGAGAACGCAGGAACUCUUGCCGUGCAGGUGAUGCGCAGUGGGAACAGCAGGGACCCCGCCUACGUUGGCAUACAGGCUCAAGAGGGCACAGCUAAAGUGGGCAAGGACUUCACUCACAGCUCCGCCAGUCUGAUCCAGUUCGAUCCAGGAGUAAAUAUCAAGUUUUGGAACAUUCACCUUAAUGAUGACAGGCUGGAGGAGAAUCAUGAGAACCUGGAGGUGGUGCUGAAAGCCCAGAAGAAUGCUGUUCUGGGACAGAGACGCAGAGCCUCGGUGGAGAUCGUGGAUCCCCGAGAUGGUAGGUGUGACCCAGAUGAUCUGGUGGUUGAGGGCCAUGAGAAAGAACCUCCUCUCCUUCAUUCUCCAAGCAUCUACCAGUCCCCACCACUGGCACCACAAGCACCGCAGGAGGAAGACCACACGCCGGACCCCAACACGGGGAUCGUACGGGACAAGCCGCCGCUGAGAGGGGACGUACCCCAUCGCACUCAGCUCAUCCGCUUCAGCAGUGGGGAGGCUCAAGAGCAGCCUGACCUCAACCAAGGCAGGACACAGAAGAGACUCAUGAGCGACACUGGACACACGUUCCAUGGGAUGAUCCCAGUAAGGCCGGAGGAAGAGGGACCUGUGCCCCGUGUCCACCCAGAGCUGGAGGUCAUGCCCAUCUGGAGCUGGGCUGGACGUCCCACUGUCCUCAGACCAGUAGACGCUCCCCAGAGAGACGCCGGCUUCGGUUCACCAGUACACCAGCACAAGUCUGCCAAGGUUGUGAGUGUUGGCUGUCUCCCUGGGUGGACCCAUUACAGACGGAGGUGCUACAUCCUGGGCCCUGGUGCAGCUGGCUGGACCGGUGCUCAGCACGCGUGCUCAGCGCUUGACAGUCAUUUGACAAGCGUGCGUUCGAAGGCUCAUAUGAAGUGGCUGUGGAGCUUCGCCAGGAAACAACCAUUCUGGAUUGGGCUUUCUGGCACUCCGGGCCGAUGGUCUUGGACUGAUGGUACGCUACUGACCUUCUCCAGACUCAAGAAAAACAAGGCUUUAGACCAGGAGGUUCCUGCACACUCCUCUCACAGAUGUGUGUUGGCCCAAGACCAAAAGAUAUGGAUUCCCCAAAACUGUACAGCCAAAUCACAUGUAUAUCUAUGUUCAUCAUCUACACAGGUUAACAAAUAAAAAAAGAAAACAAUAAAUAUGCUUGACACCAACCUGUGCCACUUCUUUCGAACUUGUAAACAUAAAAUAAACAUUGCAGUG